AUGGCGGUCGUUCGAUUUAGUUUAACAAUAUUAUGUAUCUGCGCGUGUGCAACCGCAAUCGUGGGGCCCGUCGCCAAUGGAACCACGAGCAAAUCUACAAAGACUGAUACGUAUUUAGAUGCCUAUUCAAAAUCUCGUAUUGAAGCUGAAAAGGCUAAACAAGGUGUAAUAAUAAUAACGGCAAAGGACGGUGAAAAGAAGAUUUCGAAUCGCGACGACAGUUACCAAUCUGUAUACGACUAUUCGCCACCUUAUUCCAACAGUGAUAGUAGCGAUAGUUACAGUUCGUCCGGAUCAAGCUAUUCUGCGCCUUCAGCAUCUAACAGCUACUUACCUCCCUCUAAUUAUGGACCACCCGUUAAAUUCGAGUCAGAUAUCACGUAUAACGCUCCUCCGAAUACUUACGGACCGCCGUCAUCAAGUUACGGACCGCCGUCAUCAAGUUACGGACCACCGUCUUCAAGUUAUGGCCCACCGGCUCAUAGUUAUGGUCCACCUUCGCAGACUUACGGGCCACCUUCCCAUUCCUAUGGACCUCCAGUUCACAAGCCUCCUCCACCAAUAUACGGCCCGCCUAGUAAACCAUUUUACGGUAUGCCUUACACUGCCCCUGGUCUCGGUUUUUUCGAUAAACUAUCGCUGAAGUUAGACAUAUUGACGAUUGCUAAGCUGAUGCUUAAAUUCCUCAUUUUCAAGAAGAUCGUAACUAUGAUUGCAGUAGUGUGCAUGUUACUUGUGAUACCAAAAAUAAUUUCCUUUAAAAAAGAUGACGGAGAAAAUGGUAACACCAACGAUGAAGACGACCGCCAGUUUGGACACAGUAAUGUUAUAGAGUUAACAUCGGCGCACCAGUUAUUAGAACGCGCGAUCGCUGUGUACGGCCGCCAGCAGCCCGGCUGUGGCAUCACGUGUCGAGUACGCAGAGUAAUCGACGAUCUCUAUGAAUUCCAACCUUACUUCAGAAUGAAUUCUUCUGAAGAUUAG